AUCAUUUCCUGGGAGAAAGUUCCUCUUCUGGUACAGGAGUUCAGGCUGUUCUCACACCCAUCUUUACACUCACUGGAGGCGCAGCUGGCACCAGCAUCUGGACCAGGAAUGGGAAAAGAGCAGAAGUUGAGGGGCAUACCCUGGUUAUUCUCUGAAAUAGUAUUAGCUUUGGAUGACUGUGGGCAGUUGGAAUUUGUUCUCAGGUUUUGUUAUUAACAGUAACGGGGCGUCAUUCUAUGGUGCUGCCUGGUCUUAGAUAGGCCCCCUCCUUUGCUUUGGGGAUCCACCGGCCCCCACCUUGAGCCUUGAGUUUUUCUGCUUCACCCAGACAGCUGAGGUGGCUCUCAGAGCUCUGAAGGCGCUGAUUUUGCUCUCUCCCACAGUCUUUGAUGACGCUGGUUUCAGAGUGUAGGCAUAGAAAACGGCGGAUACAAUUUUGUGUUCAGGCUCAGUCAUUUGCAGAGUUUGUGACUGAGAAGUCCUUGAUACUUGAAAUCGGGCUUCACUUGUAGAUUCUUAGAAAUAAACUGGAGAGACCUUAGUCUUCCCUGGAGCAGGAUCAUGGGCAGUUCUGUUACUGCCCAUUCUCAGGAACCUAGGUGCUUGUGGGAGGCAAACAAUGUUUGUGCUGGGCUGUGUCCGCCCCCCUCCCCCCAUUCUUAAGCCUUUUUGUCCUGUGGCCAGAGUGCCAGCUAGCUGGGGAAGCCAAGCUAGGAAUUGUGUGAGGAGAGGACUGGCAGGCCCGGCUGGCAGCGGGGGAUGGGGGAGUCACAGCGCCGGGCAGGACAGAGGUGCCUUCUGCCAGAUAGCUGUGACUGAAUGAAUGAGUCACUUCCCCUACUGGGCAAGCGCUCCCCUGGCCUUCCCUCAACUACGGAGGAUAUCCCUGGAUCAGGAGGGACUAGGAGGGGAAGGAAAAAAAAAAUCAAAACGAAACAGAAACUGGCCCGAGAUACUGAAAGGACACACUUGACAACAGCCCAGCUCUGCAUUCUUGACCGUAUCCACGCGGCCGUUCAUCUCUGGCACGUUCCCUCACCAUUUCCCUACAGAUGGACCUGGGCCCGGCCCUAGAGGUGACCUUGGGUAGCCAUACAGUCGCUUCCAGAUCGUUUCUUCGCCUGUGAACAGACCUGGCACGCUGCUCCUUUCUCACCGUUCUCCAGCCUUCCGAGCCAUUCGCGCGGCCGGCCGCCUGGCCCGGACUGAACGCUGAGUGGUCGGCUUUGCGGGAUCCUCGCCGGCUCUCCCUGCCUGUAGGUGAGGACUGAAGCUCCGGGGGCCUCCGAACGACAGCUACUAAGGGCUUGGUAGAGUGACUCACCGGUGACUGGGGUGGUCGCUCACACCCUGGCAGCCUUCCCUGGACGUGGACCUGCAGUCUCUUGACAGUCCUGCCACAGUGAGAGGAUGGCGGCUAAAGGAACUGAAGCCAAGGACCUCGAAAACCAUCACAAUGACUGCUUUGUUCAACUUUCAAAUCCAAACAUAGCAACAAUGAAGGAAGACGUUCUCUACCAUUUCAACCUCAGCACUAGCACACAUGAUUUCCCUGCUAUGUUUGGAGAUGUGAAGUUCGUGUGUGUUGGUGGAAGCCCUUCCCGGAUGAGUACCUUCAUCAGGUAUGUGGCUGCCGAACUGGGCCUUGACCAUCCAGGGAAAGAGUAUCCCAACAUCUGUGCAGGCACUGACCGCUACGCCAUGUAUAAAGUCGGACCUGUGCUGUCUGUGAGCCAUGGCAUGGGCAUCCCUUCCAUCGGGAUCAUGUUGCAUGAGCUCAUCAAGUUGCUGUACCAUGCCAGGUGCUCCAACAUCACCAUCAUCCGCAUCGGCACUUCGGGCGGGAUAGGUCUGGAGCCUGGCUCUGUAGUCAUCACGCAGCAGGCAGUGGAUGAGUGCUUCAAGCCGGAGUUUGAGCAGAUUGUCCUGGGGAAGCGGGUGGUCCGCAGCACCAACCUGGAUGCACGGCUGGUGCAGGAACUGCUGCAGUGCUCCUCGGACCUGCAUGAGUUCCCCACGGUUGUGGGCAACACCAUGUGCACCCUGGACUUCUAUGAGGGGCAAGGCCGUCUGGAUGGUGCCCUCUGCUCCUACACAGAGAAGGACAAGCAGGCCUAUCUGCAGGCAGCCCAUGCCGCUGGUGUCCGAAACAUCGAGAUGGAAUCUUCGUUGUUUGCCACCAUGUGCAGUGCCUGUGGCCUGAGAGCGGCUGUGGUGUGUGUCACCCUCCUGGACCGACUGCAAGGGGACCAGAUCAACACCCCCCAUGACGUGCUGGUGGAAUACCAGCAGAGGCCUCAGCGGCUGGUGGGCCACUUCAUCAAAAAGAGCCUGGGGAGGACCUGAGGCUCUUGUCCUUGACUCUCAGGACGAGCCUCUGCAACUACUGGCCAAUAAAUCUAUUUUUCAUAUCCCA